AUGGCACGCCCAGGCACAGAUCCCGCACCGGCUACAGCAAAUGGAGAUUCUCCUGCUCCGAGAAUUGGCCCUCAUCCCGGCUUCAUCUCCAGCUCCAACCAGUACAGCUCCGAAAUCAAGAUACGUCGCAUGCUCAAAGACAAUGGGUGUGAUCCAGCGCGAGAGGAUAACUACCGCCUGCAGGGCGUGCAGCUGAUAGACAACGUGAGGGAGAAUUUGCAACUUCCAGUCCGAACUUUCGACACGGCGUGCAGCUAUUUCCACAAGUUUCGACUGAACUUUCGCGACGCCGAAUACAACUACCAAGACGCAGCGUUGGCGUCAUUAUUCGUCGCCUGCAAGGUCGAGGAUACGAUUAAAAAGUCCAAGGAUAUACUGGUUGCUGCGUACAAUGUCAAGAAUCCAGAAAAGACUGUGGCUCCUGAUGACAAGAUGUUCGAGGGCCCCGGAAAAAUCAUCAUCGGACUAGAACGUCUCAUUCUCGAAACCAUAGGCUUCGACUUCCGAACCCGAUACCCCCAAAAGCUUCUCGUAAAGGUGGUCCGUCGCGCGCUGGGCAAAUCAUCCGCCAACUCGCACGACUUCUUCGCCACCGCAUACGCCAUGUGCAUCGACAUGUACAAGACUUUCAUACCCAUCAAGCGUACCACCUUCUCCAUGGUCAUGGCUGUCGUCGAACUGACGGCUCGCAUGCGCGGCGAGCAUCUCGAGCGGGUACAGGAAUUCGCGGCGAGCAGGAAGCAGUACAGUCGGGAUGCUGCCAUGGAGACGAUGCUAGACCUGCUGGAUUUAUACGUGCAGCAUCACAAGUCGACCAAGAUUGGCGCACAGUUUGACCUCAGCAAAUUCAUCGAUAUCAAAAUCCACCUCAAUAACGAUUUGGAUAGUACGGCCAAACCGCGGUAUUUGUACCACUGCCACAGGUGUGAGGUGGAAGAUCCACAUCCUCUGUCGUCAACCACGGCGUCAGCUACAGACCCGACGACUGCGUCUAAUCCCUGGCCUGCAGAUGCGUCUAUACGACGUACAGCACGCGGACAGGACGGCACAAUGCGGUUUGUGUUUGACCCUGAAGCGGCAAAGGAGGAACAAGAGACGGUUAGUGGGUUCUUUAAGGAAGAAUUCGAGGAGUAUGAAGUGGAAGUUGACGAGCCUGUACCGCCGCCGGAUCGUGACGACGGGGGCCGUGGAAGGGGGGCAUAUCGAGGCGGAUAUCGAGACAGAGGUGAUCACAGACGUGGGGGACCAUAUGGAGGAUAUCGUGGGGAUAGAUAUCAUCGAGGACGAGGAAGAUAUCACUAA